GUUUGCGCAGCACUUCCAGUUUCAUCUAAGUUUGACCAGGGCCGAGGCUGCCAUUUCAGCUCUUCCAGCCCCUGAGCAAGGGCAGCCAUACACCUGAGUCACCAUGGGCAAGAUGGACAACACCUCUGUGGAGCUGAGCUCUCCCUCUGAGGUGAAACAAGCAGCCUUGGAAGAGCCGGAGCCCAUUGCCCCAGAGGCCCCAAGCACCAAGAAGAAGAUCCCAGACAGGGGCUCUUGGAAGGGGAGGUUUGACUUCCUACUGUCCUGUGUGGGCUAUGCCAUUGGGCUGGGCAACGUCUGGCGCUUUCCUUAUCUCUGUGGCAAGAAUGGAGGAGGGGCCUUCCUCAUUCCCUAUUUCCUGACGCUAGUGUUUGCUGGGAUCCCGCUCUUCCUGCUGGAAACUGCUCUUGGCCAGUACACCUCUGUGGGAGGACUGGGAGUCUGGAAAUUAGCACCCAUGUUUAAAGGAGUGGGGCUGGCAGCUGUGGUUCUCUCCUUCUGGCUGAACAUCUAUUAUAUUGUCAUCAUUGCCUGGUCUCUCUACUAUCUCUUCAACUCUUUCACUUCAGACCUGCCAUGGCAGAGCUGCGGGAAUGCCUGGAACACCGACCGCUGCUUCUCCAACUACUCCCUGGAUGACACCACCAACCUCACCAGCGCCGUCACCGAGUUCUGGGAGAGAAACAUGCACCAGAUGUCCGGCGGCUUGGGGGAGCCUGGAUCCAUCCGCUGGCCUCUGGCUGGCACACUGGCCCUGGCCUGGCUGCUGGUUUACUUCUCCAUCUGGAAGGGUGUGGAGUGGACAGGCAAGGUGGUGUAUUUCUCAGCCACCUACCCCUACUUCAUGCUGUUCAUCCUCUUCUUCCGGGGAGUCACUCUGCCCGGGGCCAAGGAGGGCAUCCUCUUCUACCUCACACCUGACUUCAGGAAGCUCUCCGACUCUGAGGUCUGGAUGGAUGCAGCCACACAGAUCUUCUUCUCCUAUGGCCUGGGGCUGGGGUCCCUGAUUGCACUGGGGAGCUACAACACUUUUCACAACAACGUCUACAGAGACUCCAUUAUUGUUUGCUGUAUAAACUCCACCACGAGCGUAUUUGCUGGAUUUGUUAUUUUCUCUAUCGUGGGCUUCAUGUCGCACAUCACGAAGAAGUCAAUUUCAGAACUGGCCUCCUCAGGCCCUGGACUGGCUUUCCUCGCCUAUCCGCAGGUUGUCACCCAACUGCCCCUGUCCCCACUCUGGUCGAUCCUCUUCUUCUCUAUGCUGAUGAUGCUGGGCCUGGAUAGUCAGUUCUGCACCGUGGAGGGGUUCGUUACCGCCCUGAUGGAUGAAUAUCCUCAUAUCCUAAGAGCCAGGAAGAAGAUCUUCAUAGCAAUAGUCUGUUUCAUCUCUUAUCUCGUUGGAUUCUCCAAUAUCACCCAGGGUGGCAUUUAUGUUUUCAAGCUGUUUGAUUACUACUCAGCCAGUGGCAUGUGUCUUCUCUUUCUUGUCUUCUUUGAGACCAUCUCAAUUUCUUGGUGUUAUGGUGUGAACAGAUUUUACAGAAACAUCGAAGAAAUGAUCGGCUACAAACCUUGCAUCUGGUGGAAAAUCUGUUGGGCAUUUUUCACUCCUCUUGUCUGCCUGGGUGUGUUCUUAUUCAGUGUGGUGGAAAUGACCCCUCUGACGUUGGGCAAAUACAUCUAUCCUGCAUGGGGACAAGGUAUUGGUUGGCUCAUGGCGCUGUCCUCCAUGGUACUGAUCCCAGGAUACAUGCUGUACAGCUUCUUCACCUCAACAGGGACUCUCCGGCAGCGUUUCCAGCAGAUGACGCAGCCCCAGCCAGAUGUGCAGGUGCAGAAGAAUGGCCUGCAGCCGAAGACGUCUCUGAAUGGCAGGGGAUCAGAAGCUGCCGUCUAGGAGGAGAGCCGGAGCUCCUCGCCCUGCCCCAUAGCUGCCCACACCAUGCCAUCCCUCCAGUCCCUCUGGCACAGCCCGCUGCCCCCGGCUCUGCAAUGGCUUUGCAUGAGAGGACCCAGCAGAGGAACUCCAGCACCUCUGUUCCCUCAGCAGACCCCGUGUCACAUCACUGACUGUCUCCAUCAUGCAACACUCUGGCCCAGGCUCUCAGAGAGGAGCAGCCUGUAGCCUCUCGACCAGAGGUGGUAUUUCUAGAGAGCUUAAUGCUGACGGUUCACUGUUUCUCCCUUCAUUUUGCAUUUCCAUGUGAUCCUACACAGCAUGCCCCAUAGUACGCAGCCUUGCUUCACCCCAGAGAGCCACGUGCCACCAGGUUCAAAUCUCAGAUGGUGAUCAAAUGAUGUAGCAUAAAACAGUGCUAGCAAAUGCAACUCUGGAUGGGAUGUGGCAGAUCAAGCAAUUCCAGUGAGGAGCCCUGCAUGUUGGUAGCAAUAGGACAUAGCUCAAACUGAAGAAAGGCAUCAGGAGAGGAUGCAAUACUCUUAGGUACCAUGUUUCAGCCCUGCACAUCUCCAACCAUUACCACCCACCCAGCAGGUUGGCCCAUGAGCCACAGUCAGGUGCAGAAGACAGCCCCUCUCUUCUGGAGAGCCUUGCCCUUUGCAGCUCUGUGCAGCAGCCACACCUUGACCUGAAGAUCUGAAUGUACAGGCUGGAUCUUGUAAAGCUGAAAGGCAAACACUGAGAGCUGCAAUCACAGUUCAUCACAAUUAAUCUCAGCUAGUUACAGAAGUAUCAUUCUUCCUUAUCCUGUAAUUUUAUGCACUAUAGUGUAUCUGAAAAUUUGUAUUCCACUUUCACCCAUGUUUAUAAACUGGGCAAUAAAGGAGCCCACUCAUAUCCUUUGAGAGGACAUCUCUGCUGAGGGCACUUCAUAGAAUCAUAGAAUCAUUGCUGUUCGUCUUUGGUCUUUGCAUGAAUGACCUUUACUACAAAUCCUGCUUUCACCUGUGAUUCCCAGUCACAUCACCUCCCUCCCCUUAAAGGCCAAGAACUUCAGA